UAAAGUUAGCAACCAUCUUUUGACUUGCAGCACCCACUCUCUUUUUCACCAUCACACUUCUUCCCUCAUCUGCACAUAAAAACACCUACAACUCCAUUCUUCUCAUACAUUCAUGCAUUCAAAUUUUCCUUACUUGGACAACUCAUACCGAUUUAUCUUCAUUUUCAAUGGCUUCCCUUUGGUCACCAUGGGGAAACUUGUUCAUGUUUUUAAUGGCUUAUUUUUCUUCACUACCCUUAUCUUCAUCAUCUCAGCAAUAUUUACAUGUACAAUACUCAACUAUAUCAGCUGCACCGGCAUUCCUUCCAGGUGCACCUCUUGCUUCUUCUCCAAGUUUACCCCCUGAUAUUGAGCCUUUGUUCCCUACUCCGAAUGGUGUGGCACCUUCUACUGAUUCGUCGAUGCCCACGAUUCCUUCAAGCCCCAGUCCCCCGAAUCCGGAUAACAUCGUGGCCCCUGCUCCUGGUUUCGCAUUUUCACCAUCUAACAGCCCUUUGCCGGUAUCCACUUCGGUUUAUCCAACUUCAGCUCGAGCUUUAAAACCAACAUUGUUUCUUGGUUUGCUAGUAUUUAGUAUAUUGCAGAAGCUUUCUGGUGUGUGAAUUUCUGCUGAUGGCAUUGUUCCUUGUAGCUUCACUCUUUUCUUUUUAUGUUUUCUAUAUAUUUAUUUUUGAUAUUGUUAA